AAGGUGAUUACUUGCCGUCGCCCGGUGAUUGCCGAGCAUCUCCAAUGGGGGGGGGGAGGACUGUUUGUAAACAAAACAGUUCUCUCCCCUGUCAGCUCCUGCACACUGCUUUGCAUGGCUGUGCAUACCAAAGCCAAUGAAGCACAAACACAGCAAAGUAUGUAAAACAGCACACAGUUAACCCUUUGAUUGCCCCAGAUGUUAACCUCUUCCUGCCCAGUGCCAUUAGUACAGUGUCAAUGCUUUUUUAUUAGCACUGAUCACUGUAUUGGUGUCACUGGGGAUGUCAGUGACACCAAGUCAGUUCCCCCCAGUGUCAGAAUGCCCGCCACAGUCCCGC